AUGCCUCAGACAUUACGAUCUCCCCGCCGGCCUCGAAAGCAUGGCAAGACGUUUACCGGCUGCUGGACAUGUCGAAGUCGCAAGGUCAAGUGCGAUGAGGCGCGGCCGAGGUGUCGUCACUGCCUGAAAAAGGGCAUUGAGUGUGAGGGAUAUGACAUUCGACUUCAUUGGCUACCACCAGAGACCGGCUGUGAACUUGAGCCUUCAACUUCGGAAUACCAAGCCAAGUCAUGUCGGAGUCAGAUUCCAUUUGACUCAACAGGACCGGCUCUGCCGUGGUCUCAAGUUGAGGAGAUUCUAGUGGUGCUCGACACGCUCCACACUCAACUCGACGGUACCCAGGGAAAGGACAAAACCUCUCGAUUCAUUAAUGGUUUUGGUGUUUUUGAGUCUCAUGACCGAGCAUCCACCUGCACUUCAGAACCAUCAUCCCCGGCGUCGGAGCCACUCAACGUUCACCAUGAUCUCGCAACCUCUCUGGUACCAUUCAGUCCUGAUCCCUUUGAGAUCAGAAACUCUAUAGGCUUGCUUUCGCCGGAAAGUGCAUCCGACUUAUCGUCUCUAUCUUCCAUCUCCACCGUUCAGCUUUCAACUUUCGACCCCGCCUUCGUAAAUCCCUUCUUCGACGAUAAUCUGGGUGAAGAAAGCCCUAGCUGCAACUACUCAGGGCAUGGGAAUCCUACGCAUGUUCAAGAAGACUCGGUACGAGACUGUUCUGCCAACGAAGAAUCGCAAACAGCCCUGAGUUUCCCCCUUCCACCACAACCAUCACCCGAACUCACUGGCAAGGAGCGGUUCCUGAUGCACCACUACAUGAAUAGAGUUGUACAUCUCUUUUGCGCCCUAGAUAAUCCCAAGAGCCCUUGGAAGACCAUUCACUUACCUAGGGCCCUACAGAGUGCUGGAGAACUAGUCAUUCAGGGCUCAACAUCUAAGAUUCGAGGUGCUUUGAGGAAUGCGCUGCUCUCGGUUAGCGCCUUUUGCCUCUCAAACGAUAAAGUCCAGAUACAGGACGAAGAUGCUCGGAAAUGGAGAAAAGACGGAAUCUGCUACCGCGGAAUCGCCAUUAAGCUUCUUUCAGAGGCUAUUGCGCCUGCAUCAUUCUCCAAGUGCCGGCCCAAGUAUAAAGAGUUUCUCGCCACCAUGCUGUCUAUGAUUUCCAUCAAUGUCAUGUCAGGGGACACUGCGAGCUGCAGCCUGCAUCUAGACGCCGCCCACGGAUUAAUCACUCACGCCAGGACUUGGAAGUCCAGGUACUCCAACAAGGCUCAGGCCCUUCAUCGAAUCUAUUUCUUCCUUAGAACCAUCUACGAGAGCACGGCCAUACAAAGCACGACGACUUGCGACAAACUCUGUGAGGCUCGCAUCGCAGGGUCGUUCUGUACUGGCGAACCAACCAACCUGCUUUACAACAGCCCAGAAACGACACCUUCAGUCACAUCAUCCAAGGCUUGGUCCAGCGGGGAUGCAUACGAGAGCAUUUAUGCCAUACCACAGGACCUCUUGAUGCUGCUGAACAGAGCUGUGGAGCUAAUUAGCAUGGUUACGGAGGCGAGGGAGACAUCUAUCAGCACGGAUAUUCCACCACACCUGGUUGAAAUUUGCGACGAGUUGGAAAAGAGCAUCAUGGAUUACGAAGCUGGUUAUAUCGAUGCAGAUGAUAUGUCAGGCACGGCAUCAUCAAACCUAUCCAUCAUCCAACACAUGACACGAGCUUUCCAUAACGCCGUCAUCAUCUAUUUCGCCCAACACAUACGGCUAGUGGGACAUCGCUACCUCCAGUCCUUUGUCGAGAAUGUGCUCGACAGCAUCGAGGCGAUAGAGCGAAUCAAAGCUGAAACCAAGAUUCUCGCAACACCACUCUACUGGCCAGCAUUCAUCGCCGCGAGCGAGGCAUUCGACGUCAGACUUCAGACUCGGUUUCAGUUUUGGUACAACCAGGUGGAGAGAUACGGCAUAGAGUAUAUCCGUGCAGGUCGUUGCAUCCUGGAGCAAGUAUGGGCAGAAGGGCCAUCUCGAGGCACCCGUGUAACCAGUCAGUGGAAGACUGUGGUUGAGAGGACUGGUUCGACACUGAUGUUGUCUUGA